AUGUCGGAGCAGGAGUUCGCGGUGAGGGUGAACGACCAGUUGAAGUCCACGGAGUUGAGGCUGUGCGGCGCGCUCGGCAGGGACAAGAGGCAUGGUGCUCACAUGCGGGCUUUCUGGGCCUCGACAGUAUCUUUCUUCGUGGCGUUCGUGGGUUGGUUCGCCCUGAGCCCGAUCGCUAUCGAGGUGGUCCACAGCAUCGACGCUUGCGAAAACCAGCUCUUCCCACCGGUUGCGAACCCAGAGAGGAAAGCAGUCUUGAAGUUCAAGGCGAUCGCGUCGGGGAAGAAGUAUUGCCAGCAUGGGAAGAUCGGAGAGGAUAACGAUCCGACUGGGUGCCAGGAUGUGCCGCAGGACGUUUGGGACGAGAGUUGGGGCACGGUGGCGGAUAAUUUCGAAGUCCUCCCUAAGUGCGUUUGCAGCCCGGGCACGCACUGCGGUUCGACGAUCCUGUAUUCAAGCAUCACCUCGGUCGGCAUCACGAUCUUUGUGCGCGUGGCGCUCGGCACCCUCCUCGAGAGGUUCGGCCCGGUCAAUGUGCAGUCUGGCCUCCUGCUUUUCGGAGCCAUCUGGGUCUUCGCCGCGGCGGGCAUCUCGGCAGAGUGGAACUUCAUCCUCAUUCAAGGGGUGGAGUGGCCAGAUGGCUCGUGCAACAUGCCGGAGUCAUGGCCCCUGAUCGUCGGCACUGAGUCCCGCGGCCUUCACGACGCCAUUCUAGUCUGCGCGGAGCGCGCGCACAUCGGGCACAACAUUGCCGCGACCGCCACGGACAAGCGCGCUCGUACAGCGCAUGCUACCAACCAGGUGCUGUGCGAGGCCUUUUCUGCCGAACGAGCCGAUCGGGUGACCAUGGCGGAGAUCAACGUCACGGAGGUGUUCACUAAUGACGACGGAUGCAGUCAGGAGCGCGCGGAGAAGACCCUCAACGCGCUUGUCAAGGAGUGGAGUACCUGGUCCAAGUACGGCGCAGUCACGGCCAUCGCACCGACGAUGGCCAAGAAUAUCGACAAGGUGGAGCCGUUCGAUAAGUGGUCGCAGUUUUUGCUUUCGCCGUCCGGAGUGCUUGCUCUUGGAGUUUCCAUCGGGGCGCUGAUCAUGGCCGCGUUUCGUUUUUUGUUUCAAUGUCUGUCCAAGGGGCAGGGGGCUAAGCAGAUAAUUCAGCAUGUGCCGGAGGCUACUGCAUGCAGUGCCGCCGAGGGACGCCCGCGCGCCGCCGGAUUCGACUUCAACAAGCCACCGGACACACAUACGACGCCUCGCUCCAGCAUCGCCAUAUUGGCGGGCAUCGCGGGGCCAUCCGCCAUCGACAAGAUGAAGACCGACGACCUUGCGAGGCGGGCGCCUGCAGACAUCGAGAGGAAGCUAAACGCCAUGCCGAACUACGCAUUGCAAGGGAUUUUGCGCGAGUUGAAGCUCCCGGUGUCAGGCAUCAAGGUGGACCUUGUGGCGAGGAUCGUCAAUCAUUACAACCGUGGUUGGGACUUGUCUCGUUUUAACGUGAGCACGCGGCAGUGUUUCUUCGACAGCGGGGGCCGGCGGAUCCGCAUGAUGAUCGGUUGCGCGGGGGCCACGUUCGUCACAAAUCAGUUCUGGUGCUCCCUCAUGUUCGCCCCGAACGUGGUGGGCACCGCCAACGCGACCGCAGCGGGGUGGGGCAACCUCGGCGGCGGCGUCACACAGAUUUUCAUCGUGUGGUGCCUGUUCAAGCCCUUCCAGGAGAUGGGCGCGAGCUCUGACACGGCCUGGCGCCUGUCCAUGGUCGUCCCCGGUUGCGUCUUCGUCGCGGUUGCCAUCAGCAUGAAGCUGUUUUGCUGGGACAUGCCAACGGGGCCCCGCUUCAAGACCAGCGACACGGGCAAGACAUCAAACGCGUCGAUGUGGGACUACGUGGAGUGCCUGAAGGACCCCAGGAUCGUCAUUAUGAUCUUCCAGUACGGCCUGGCCACCCAUUUCCGCGUCUACUUCCAGAUGGAGGCCGGCGCUGCCUCUGCCCUGGCAGGCUCCUUCGGCCUGAUGAACUUGUUCGCGCGCUCAUUGGGCGGCAUCUUCAGCGAUUUUCUUUUCGCCAGAUUCGGUUUCUCUGGCCGUAUUUGGGCUCAGUUCCUCUGCCUUUUCCUCGAGGGCAUCUUCCUGCUCGGCUUCGGAUCUGUGGAGAACUCGCAGCCAUGGUACGUCGCCCUGGCCGUCUUGCUGUGUUUCUCUCUCUUCGUGCAGAUGACCGAGGGCACCAGUUACGGCAUCGUGCCGUUCAUGAACCCGAAGCAGCUCGCGUGCACAUCCGCGCUGGUGGGGGCGGGCGGGAACUUGGGCGCCGUGAUCGCCCUGUGGUGUUUCUACAACACCCUUGGGCCCAUCGACACCCUGCUCCCGUUCAAGGUCCACGGUGCCUACGUGAUCUUUUGGGCGAUGACCUCUCCGGCGUUCUACUGGGCCGACAAGGGCGGCAUGUUCUGCGGCGCCAGUGACCCCGCCUUCCAGAAACCCGCGCCCAAG